CCCUCUGCCACGCAUAGGAGUUCUUCUCCGCCUUCAAGACUUAUCCCUUCCAAUGAAACCAUUGAACAUGUCAUCGAACUGGCCACCGCAAACGCACGCGCUGCGGCUGGUGGCCGUUCUCCUGUUAUUGGGCGUGACACCCGGACCCAGCUCUUUGUGGGCAACGAUUUGAAGGAUCUGUUCCGAAAAGCUGGGGGGACAGUACUACGUGCAGAUGUCUCCCUCGGUCCAGACAAUAGGAGUAGAGGGUACGGCACAGUUCUCCUAGCAUCCGCAGAAGAUGCCGGUCGAGCCAUCGCGACGACCGUCGUGCAACCUCAAGUAAUACCACCUACUGCCAUGUCUCCCACGUCUUUGCAUUUCCCGACCCAGAUGGUUGCGGCGAGCUCUGUGCCAAACGCCAUGCACCCCCUGAGUAUGCAAGCUUCUGUCCUGCCGGCGAGCACGUCGGUGCCUUCGAGUUUACUCCCAUCUCUCGGCUCGACAAUACCUCUAUCAAAGUCGGUAGUUGGGACGUCUGCCACGCCUAUCAAUGGAUCCAUCCUGGGAAUGACGACGGGUCCAGUUUUAUCCUCUGCUAGUGCGAGUGCACUUGAAGCUGCUGGAUUUACGAAUGAGACGCUACGGCGGAGUGAUUUGCUCAAGGACAUGUCGAGGUCGCCGAGCGCGUUCAAGUUGCCGCCUACAGCUGCUGCAGCUGCCGCCGCGUCGAUAGUAGCAGCCACCACACCUACUCCAUCUUCUAGUCUUGUUGGAACGUCCACGACACCCGUACCUGGCCUACCAAGUGCGGCCGCAAUGAGGUCUGCGGUGGAGAAUGCUUCGCUAUUAGGCUCGAGUAAGGCAUAUAGCGAAUCUGCCCGUCCGGGUUCGUCCAAAGGGAUGAAUUUGGGACUUGGUGGGAAUGGGAAAGCGUCGACUCCGACUCCAUCGUCAUUGGGGACUUUGCCGGCGGGAACGGGAGGUGCCUUUGCUACAGGGAAUGGCCUGCCGUCAUCGCUGGCCUCAUUGACCUACUCUGCCACUACGAAUUUGAAUGGAAUGUCAAAUAAGGAGGACCUAUCGCGCAGGACCGUCCUAGUGAUGAAUUGGCCCAUCGAACAUGGCCCCGCAGAUUUCGAGCAGUUGUUCCGAUCGGCGGGGAAUGUGGUCAGCAUCGCUUUUGGUUCCACCUCCACUACCAGCACCCCUUCUCCGAAUAGUGGCAGCACCAACUCCAAUGGCGCCGGCGAUGCGUCAUCCAUUAUGGUGGGGUAUGGUUCGGUA